AUGGUCACUGCUUAUGAUUACCCUUCUGCUGUUCACCUCGAUAUGGCCGCCAUUGAUAUCUGUCUUGUGGGUGAUUCUGCUUCCAUGGUUGUUCAUGGUCAUGAUACUACUUUGCCUAUUACUUUGGAUGAAAUGCUUGUUCAUUGUCGUGCCGUUGCUCGUGGGGCUAAGACUCCUCUUCUUGUUGGGGAUUUGCCUUUUGGAACGUAUGAGUGUAGUUCUAAACAGGCAGUUGAUACGGCAGUUCGGAUUUUGAAAGAAGGACGAAUGGAUGCCAUAAAAUUGGAAGGAGGUUCACCUUCAAGAAUUGUUGCAGCAAAAGCUAUUGUCGAAGCUGGAAUAGCUGUGAUUGGGCAUGUUGGUCUUACACCACAGGCCAUUAGUGUUUUAGGUGGAUUUAGGCCUCAGGGAAGAAAUGUUGCUAGUGCUGUCAAGGUCGAUAUUUCUAUUCUCUCACGCAUGAUGCAACUAUUUUUGUAUUUGAAAACAAAAUUUGCUCCGGGAGUGUCUCAUAUUGAACCGGGAGGUCUUUCUUUCCGCGAUGUUCUUAACAUCCUACACAAUCUUCAAGGUGAUGUUGUUGCUGGAGACGUCGUUGAACUCAACCCACAACGCGAUACUGUUGAUGGAAUGACUGCUAUGGUAGCUGCUAAGUUGGUAACUUGUAGCAAAGUUAUAAGGUGGGUAUUGUCAGCUACGAAUGAGGAAGGCCGAGUUAAAGGGGAGAACUCCAUCGAACAUGUCACAUAUGAGGAAGAUGCUAUUGAUGCUGACGACAAUGAUGAGAGACUUACUAAAUCAUCUAAUGCUUCUGAUAAAGCAUUUGAGGUCUUACUUACUAUGCAAGGGAAACAACAUAUUGAAUCUUCUAGCAAAGUAAACAAUAUCAAGCAUCGUGACGAAACACCGCCUGAUGUUCGAGUACGGAAACUAAAGGAUAAGCUCAUCCAAACUAAAGUUUAUCUUUCCCUUCAGGCAGUUAGGAACAUUCCCCAUCUCACUCGGGAACUUCGGCUACGGGUAAAGGAAGUUUCACGAACAAUUGGAGAGGCAAGCAAAGAUUCUGACUUGCCAAGGAAUGCAAAUGAGAGAAUGAAGGCAAUAGAGCAAUCAUUGAUGAAAGCAAGGAAAAUUCAAGAUGAUUGUGCCACAUCCGUGAAGAAGCUUAGGGCUAUGCUCCACUCAUCAGAGGACCAGCUUCGCGUGCACAAGAAACAGACCUUAUUCUUAACACAGUUGACAGCUAAAACACUGCCUAAAGGUCUCCAUUGUCUUCCGUUGCGCCUUACAACUGAAUACUAUAACUUGAACUCUUCUCAGCAACAAUUCCCCAAUCAAGAGAAGUUAGAAGACCCUGGACUAUACCAUUAUGCAAUAUUCUCAGAUAACAUAUUGGCCACAGUUGUUGUUGUGAAUUCUACUGCUGCCCAUGCUAAGGAUUCCUCCAAACAUGUUUUCCACAUUGUAACUGAUAGGCUCAAUUAUGCGGCAAUGAGGAUGUGGUUUUUGGCCGAUCCACCUGGAAAGGCGGCAGUUCAAAAGGAUCUUACUGGUCUUUGGUCAAUUAACUUGAAGGGAAAUGUAAAUGGUGCUGUCGAAACUUGUACAGAAAGUUUUCAUCAGUUUGAUCGUUACCUCGACUUCUCAAAUCCUCUUAUUGCAAAGAAUUUCGACCCCCGUGCUUGUGGAUGGGCAUAUGGUAUGAAGGUUUUUGAUCUGGUCGAAUGGAAGAAACAAAACAUCACAGAGGUGUACCAUAACUGGCAGAAGCUGCUAAACAAGGUGCCAAAAUGCCCAUCAAUGUUGAUUGAUGAUUAUGUAGAUCUUCACAAGUCAAAGGAAAUGGAUGCAACCAAGUCAAACAAUGGUGAAAAACCGGGCAGCAGCGUUAACCGUAAAGGAUAUAAGACCGCAAAUGAAUUCAUCUACAUCAACUCAUGCUCCAUGUCAUGGAAAGGUAACCAUAUAUACCAAUAUUAUUGA